GAUUUCCCAGAAGAAUUAAUAUGGCACAGCCAAUGGGUGUGCGGCCAGUAGCUGAUCAUCCUGCUUCAGUUAUCAGCUCCAAUUAUUGCGCUCCUCAUCCUAUUGAUCUUGCAAUCGUCAGAAAGGUCAAGCCCCUAACCGGGGAAAGCUUUGAAAUCACAAACAUCGAAGGCAACAUCGUUUUUAAACUCAAAGCACCCUAUAGCUUCAGCCAUAGCCUGCGUGUCUUACUUGAUGCAGCUGGAAAUCCCAUUGUCACUUUCAGACAGAAGAUAAACUCAUGGCAUGGUAGAUGGAAAGUUUUUAGGGGUAGUAGCACAGACUCCAGCAAUCUACUCUUCAGUGCUAAGCGAUCUUCAAUGUUCCAAUAUGUCAAUAGCACAAUAGACGUGUUCUUGGCAAAUAACACAAGAGAGGAUUAUUGUGACUUCAAGCUGAAGGGAAGUUAUCGGCUACGAUCUUGUGUCAUUUAUGCUGGAGACUCAACCACACUAAUUGCCCAGAUGCAUAAGGAGCAAUCCCGGCAACGCAUCUUCCAGCUUCCAAAGGACAAAUUCACGGUGACAGUGAAUCCCAACAUUGAUUACGCAUUCAUAGUUGUGCUUAUUUUGAUUCUUUACGAGAUCGAUAGUUCGGACUGAGACAAUCUGGAAUUGGUAUGCAAUCCUAGAUGUGGGUUGAUCUAUGGAUCCUAGAUACUUUCCUUC